AUGCGUUUCUCUUCCAUCUCUAACCUCGGCCUCGUCGCCCUGUCGACUUCAGUUAUCGCUUCAGGCCGCGACGCCAAAGAGACCUACGAUUACAUUGUUGUCGGAGGUGGUCCAUCUGGAAUCAUCACUGCUGAGCGACUCUCUGAGACAAACAAGAAGGUUCUCCUUCUUGAGCGUGGCCAACGGGGCCCUACCAUCAACACUGGAUCCAACCACUCUCUGCCAUGGGAUACCUCCCUCACUCCCAUUGAUGUUCCUGGCCUUUCCGCUGCUGUCGGUGGUCUCGAUCUCUGGAAUGAGUAUAUGUGCCCUGACACUGCUGGUCUCGCUGCCUGUGUUCUUGGAGGCGGUGUUACUGUAAACUACAUGGUAUUCGUUCACCCUCCCGAGCGCGAUUUCAACGACAAGUGGCCAGUAGGAUGGAAGUGGGAUGACGUUGCACCCGCUGCCGAGAGGCUGUACGCUCGCAACCCUGGUACCACUCUGCCUUCCAAGGAUAACAAGCGCUACGACACUGGCCUUUACAACACCCUAUCCUCGUUCCUUAACAAGGCUGGAUGGAAGUCUGUUGAUAUGCUCAAGCAGCCUAACGAGAAGCACCAAGUCUACAGCUGGCCUUCAUGGAACGUCCAAAACUCCCUUCGAGCUGGACCCGUCAGGACUUACCUUCCCCUCGCUGAGAAGCGUGACAACUUCAGCCUUCGCAUGGGCACCAAGGUCAUCCGCGUUGUCCGAUCCGGCUCCCACGCCACAGGUGUUGAGGUCGAGACCGCCGAUGGUAAGAAGCAGAUCAUCAACCUCUCCAAGAACGGCCGCGUCGUCCUCUCUGCUGGUGCCAUGUCCACUCCCCGCAUCCUCUUCAACUCUGGUAUCGGUCCCAAGAAGCAGAUCCUCAACGCCAAGAAGUCUGGUGUCACCCUUCCUGCCCAGCGAAACUGGAUCGACCUUCCCGUCGGCAAGGAGAUCAAGGACCACCCUAUCUUUGCCUUCAACAUCAAGACUGAUGGAAAGUGGGGCAUGCUCGACACCGACAGUGUUCUCAACGGUACCGACACCAAGAACAUCAAGCUCUUUGAGGAUUCUGCCUCUGGUGUUUUGACCCAAGGUCGUCAUCGCCUGAUCUUCUUCACUUCCCGCAAGGGAACCGAUGGCAAGACCCGUUACUUCCAGGGCUCUACCUCCGCUGCUGGUGAUGGUGUUAUCUCCAUCAAGGUUUACCUUACCCACGGUUUAACCUCGUCUGGCGUUCUGGGACUUGACCAAGAUGGAAAGACCGUUUUCGAGAAGACUCCUUACCUGACCACUAAGGCCGAUACCGAGGCUUCCAAGGCUUUCCUUGAGGAGUUUAUCGCCUCCAUCACUGACAAGUCAACUGGUUACACCCUCGAGGGCGACACCACCAUCGAUGCUCUCCUCGAGAAGCCUGACCAGGGGGACCAUUUCAUCGGUACUGCCAAGAUUGGCUCCGUCGUUGACACCAACACCAAGGUUUUUGGAAUGGACAACCUUUUCAUUACCGAUGCUAGUAUUCACCCUGACCUCGCCACCGGCAACAUUCAGACCAUUGUUAUGGUCACCGCUGAGGCGGCUGUUGCUAAGAUUCUGGCCUGUUAG